CAAUUUUUUCCACGGCGCUUUUGUCGCUGUCAAAUGUUAAAAAAUUAUUAUUAUUAUUAUUACUUACUACAAACAUAACCUUGGAUUAAAGAAUAAAAAAUGUCGCUGACAGUCCAACAAAUAAUUUGCGACGCUAAAAAAUUAGUCGGUAGAAUUUCUGACCAUGAAAACACAGCUGACAAUUUAAUAACAGAAAUUCAGAGUGUGUGUAAUCAAAUUGACAACAUGAAGCAGUACCAAGAGGAAAUUGAGGUGCUAAAUAAUGAAGCUAAGCAACAGCCUAGAGACGCUUUGAUCGCGGGGAUACAGCAGGAGACUAAGCACCUCCGAGAGCUCCAGGCGGAGAACAGAGAGCUCAGGAACGCUUUGGAGGAACAUCAGAAUACUAUUGAGCUGAUCAUGUCUAAAUAUCGCGAGCAUACUGCGUCUCUGAUUAAAUCUAAUAAAAUUAACUUGUCUUCUAUUUAUAAUGCGAGAUACGCUAAUAUAAUUACCAACCAGGCAGAGAAAAUAAACGAGAUGGCUGCAGUAAUGCGAGUUGCGGCUAAUCUUGACGAAGAAUGCGAGCUCAAGUACAAAGAAAAUCUCUCUAAAUUAAAAGCAGAGAACAAUGUACUUCGCGAAUUAGUUAACAUUGCUAACAGUUACGGUUCUUUGGACAGCAGUAGUACCACCGCGAGCACCGUGAUUCAGGACAAUAAAACUGUCCAGACUGAUACUAAUGAUAAUAAGGAGGUGUAACUUUUUCUAUUUUAUUUUAUUUAUUUUUUAUAAAUUAUUUUAUUUAAAAAUUUUCGGUUUAAACUUUUUCUCCUGAUAUUAAUAUUAAUAAUAAUUGAUAAGAGUGUACUUGUAGCGUAAUAUAUUUGUUACCGUCACAAUAAAAUUUUUCUUAAUACAAAAA